UGCCAAGAUCCAGAUGCAGGCCACUGUGGCAUUGGGUCAAUCAGCAGCCAGUUGCCUAUAUAAGCCGAUGGCCAGACCGAAGUGAACUUGUGUAAAAUCAGCUAUCGACAGGAGAAAACCUACUACACAAAAAUCAUGUUAAGUAAAGUUGCAUUGUUUUUGGCACUUUUUGGUCUGACUCAAGCUGGUUUGCUGCCCGCAAAACCUUCCGGAAGUGAGGACACCUUCGAUAACCAUCCGCACUACUCCUUUAACUAUGAUGUUCAGGAUCCAGAGACCGGAGAUGUGAAGUCGCAAUCGGAGUCUCGGGAUGGAGACGUGGUUCAUGGUCAGUACUCCGUCAAUGAUGCCGACGGUUACAGGCGAACUGUGGACUACACUGCCGACGAUGUGCGUGGCUUCAAUGCGGUUGUGCGCCGGGAACCACUUUCCAGUGCCGCGUUGGUGGUGAAGCCAAAGGUCCCCGUUGUGGCCCCCAAAGUUCAGUACCAGCCGCUGAAGAAGUUGCCAGCUCUGAAGCCCCUCUCUCAGGCAUCGGCGGUUGUGCAUCGAUCCUACGCACCAGUGAUCCACCAUGCCCCAGUGACCCAUGUGGUGCACCACUCUGCUCCAGCGCACUCCUUCGUCUCCCACCAUGUGCCACUGCUGAAGACCUCCGUGCACCACACCCAUCACCCCCAUGCCAUUUCGUAUGUCUUUUAAAAUCGGCUCUUCAAUUGCGAUUGUACAGUAUCUAAAUAAAAUACUUUAAUUUGAAUGCCUUA